AUGGUAGCUAAGAACCGAUCCAAGAUUCCGAAGCUCUUUUGUCGAGGAGCUCCGAUGGUGGAAGUUCGACGGGAUUUGAUCGGAGUAUCCACAAAUAAGAGCUGGGCAGAUGUGAAAGCCCUCAAUUGGGACCUAGUGAAGGAUAGCCAAAGAGGGAAACACAAGGAUACCGACUUGAAAUCACCCGCGCAACAUUGUGAAUACAUGUACUUAGCCCAUACUGAGGGUUGGUCUUACUCUGGCAGACUGAAGUAUCUUUUGCAAUGUCGCAGCAUCGUUGUGAUGCACCCACUAAACUACAUUCAGCAUUUCCAUCAUCUUUUGAAUGGAAACGAUUCCUCACCAGAUCAAAAUGUGGUUCAAGUCAGUCUACCCUUUGGGAAACACCUAGAUGAAGCGAUGAACUCUCUUCUAUCAAAGAGAGAGACAGAUUGGGAGGAAAAGGUGCUUUCAAAUAGUUGGGACAACUUGAGGGAAAAGUAUUUAACUCCAGCUGCAAAUAAUUGCUACUGGAGACGGCAGUUUAGGGCAUAUGGAGCACUUCAAAAGUUCAAACCGUCUAUCGAACUGAAAGCAGGACUGUUGGGGCUGCCGGGAGCGGUCAGGCCGUUUUAUACGAGAGUUGGAUUAUAA